AUGCUCGCCAACCCCGCUAGCACCCUCACCCAACCCCUGCCACCCUGCCAACACCACUCUGAGCCGGACCCAAGCCCGGUCUCAGACGAUCCGCUCCAAGUGCUCUACAACUCCCUCGCAGACCUGAACCUGACCACAUCAGACAACACCAACACAACCAAUACCGGCGAUCCCUGGCAACCCGCCAUAUGUACCAGUACCGGUCCUGCCGCUGUCAAUCCAUCCCUCGAUUCCCAAGCCACAACACCGAACCCAUCCACCACUCCCCAAGAGCUCAUAAAGGUCAGCCCGCUCUUCCCGCCCGGCGACAACGUCCUGUUCGCCCACUCAUCCUUCUUUCGCCGCCACAAGACCUGGGACCUGCCCACACCAACCCAGGUCAGGCUGGAGGCAGCCCGACUGGGUAUUGUAGCGCCAACAGCAGCGUCUCCUGAACAAGGCAGCCCUCCCCACCUUGUCCCCUUCCCCGCGCUCGGGCUGCUGGUCAAGUACGGGACCGAGGACGUGGUCUCAGCUGCCGAAGGCAAGGCGCUUAUCCUGUUGCGCGGGGUUUUGAGUCCUGAGGGAUCCUGGUUGGGGGAGGUCGUGCCCGAGGUGUUUGGCUGGCGGGCCGAUGGCAGGGAGAGAUUUGUCUAUCUGAGCCUGUCGGGAGGCAAUGGAGAGGGGCUGACGACUUUGGAGGAACGGUGGGCUGGCAUGUGGGAUGGGGAGAAGAGGGAGGUGAGUAAUCAGCUGAGAGAAAUUGUCCGGGCUUGGAGGCGGAUGAGGCAGGGGACAGUGGGGUUCGUGGGAAGCGUUGAUAACACCCCGUUGAUGGAUCAAGUUUUUCGGGGCUGCGAGAAGGCUACUGGCGUGAAACCCGGUCCGUUUCCCUCGGUGGCAGCGUUCCACGUUUAUUUGGUGAGGAGCGGGCAUAUCUCGGCUGGUAGUAUGGUUCGAUACAUGCCACACCAUAUCUUCCCGAAUGAAGUCCCCAUUGUGUUUACACACGGCGGUCUCCAUCCACGGAACAUAAUAGUCUCGGCAGGGCCAUACCCGCGUGUGGUCUCGAUACUGGGCUGGGAGCAGGCCGGAUGGUACCCUGCUUAUUGGGAAUUGUGUAAGGCCAGAUGGGAGUCCUCCAGUCGCGGGAAACUUGGGGACUGGGAGGCUGAAUAUCUGCCACGAAUCCUGGAUGUCGAGGAAUUACGAUCCGAGAUUUGCGGGUGGAGUGUCGGCCCCCUCUGUCAGUAUUGGGAUUAUUUUGUCGGUCUGAUCCAUUAUUCGACGGCAUGA